AGUGCCGAGUCUGUCCAUAGCAGAGCCUCUGGCAGGCUGCCACAGAAAGCUGCCAAAGCUGAAGAGAGCCGGGAGAAGCAGGGGGCUGGGGGUUGGGGAAGCAGAGGGACCGAGAGGGUGACCAAAUAGUGAAAGGAGCAGAAGAGAGAGAGCAGGAGAGGGAGGGAGAUGGCAGAGAGUGUAUAACUUUGGGGAACUCAGGAAGAGGCAGCAAAGGGAACAAACUUUUUCUCUCUUGUCUUGUUUUGGACUUUUGUGCAUUUCAUAGCGGACUUCAGUGCUGACAGAGCAGAACAAGGGAUACUCAUUCGUUUGCUUUCUUCAUUGAAUUGCUCUUUUUCUUUAGAUCUCCAGAGAUUAUUUUGUUUUGUGGUUCUUUUUAAAAUUUUUAUCUGCUUGUUGUUUAACUGCCUGAGAUUUGAAGAAGGCGUGACCGCACAUUUGAAAUCCUUCCAGAUUUAGCAGCAACUGUGUCCACUUCUGGGACAUUUGUGGCUGCACUGAAACACCAAACAGACAUAUAAACACACACACACACACCUGUUGUUGCUGAGGAUUCCCCAGGAGCACGGUCAUGGACAUCUGUGUCCCUGUUGCUUGAGGGAAUCUGUGCGUGUGUGCAGCUGUUAUCUGGUGGUGGCCUCGGUGAAUGUUACAGUAGAAGCUGAUCUGCCUGUCCGGGGUAGAGGAGGGAGAUGUCAUCCUACUACCCACGCACCAAGGACCUGACUCGCACCAGGAAGUCACUGACAGAAUCGCCACCAUCGUCUCCGUCCCCUACAGAAAAAAACUACAGACAUGACAGAGUGUCAAGAUUUGAUUCCAUUGGAGAGAGUGCUACAGACAAGUCACUGGGCCGCACCAGCUCAUACACACGCAGAGAGGCAAGGCUGGCUGCACUGAAUAAACAGGAACAAGACUCCACUGCCAAAGACUAUAAGAAGAUGUAUGCAGAAGCUUUGCAUGAAAAUGCAAAACUCAAGUCCAGGUUGCAGGAGAGCAAACAAGAGCUAGCCAAGAUACGUUCCCAACUGGAGAAAGUCACUCAGAGACACGACACAAUAUCUGAAAGAUCUUCAGCACUUGAAUCAGAAAAAAGGGAAAAACAAACCCUUGAGAAAAGAGUGUCAGACAUGGAGGAGGAAUUAAAGGCUUUCCCUGCUCUGGCUCAGGUCCAGACCUUGCGGAGAGUGAACGAGUGUCUCCUGGCUGAAAAUAGAGCCAUGCUUCGCGUCCUCGCCCGCCUCUCUGAGACGGCCUCGAUGCCGGAGACAGAGGACCUCUGAUCCUCUGAGACCUUUUCCCCCUUCCUCUUCUCCCCUUCCUCAGCCACAUAAUUUCUACUUCUCUUUCCUUCUGGUGCCUCUACAGCCCCUUCAACCUCUGCUGUAUUCCUC